AUGCCCAACUAUGUGAAGUUUUUGAAAGAUAUUUUAACUAAAAAGAGGAGGCUUGGUGAAUUUGAAACAGUGGCGUUGACUGAAGGAUGUAGUGCUAUAUUGAAGAGUAAAAUUCCUCCUAAAUUGAAGGAUCCGGGCAGCUUCACAAUUCCUUGUUCUAUUGGUGGUAGAGAUGUUGGUAGAGCACUUUAUGACUUGUGGGCUAAUAUCAAUUUGAUGCCCAUGUCAAUUUUCAAGAAGUUGGGGAUUGGAGAAGCAAGACCAACCACAGUCACUUUGCAAUUAUCGGAUUGUUCUAUGGCACACCCGGAAGGAAAAAUUGAAGAUGUACUUGUGCAAGUUAAUAAAUUCAUUUUUCCAGCUGAUUUCAUCAUCCUUGAUUAUGAAGCUGAUAGAGAUGUUCCUAUUAUCUUGGGUAGGCCAUUCCUAGCUACCGAGAGGACCUUGAUUGAUGUACAAAAAGGGGAGCUUACUAUGAGGGUAAAUGACCAACAAGUGACUUUCAACGUGUUCAAUGCUAUGAAGUUUCCGGAUGAGGUUGAGGAAUGCACUAGGCUAAGUGUAAUUGAGUCUAUUGUCAUUGAAAAAUUCCAUAAGGAAGCUUGUAAAGAUGGAGUGGGAGUGAAGUCACUUGAAGAUCUUGAAAAAUUAAGUGAAGAGGAAGAAAGCCAAGUUACAUGGGUGGAGUCAAUGCAGCCCUUUGCUAAAUUGAGGAGGCCUUUUGAGUCAUUGAACUUGUCGGAAGGGAAUUUUAAGCCUCCUAAGCCUUCUAUUCAAGAGCCACCAAAAUUAUAG